AUGUUAUCACACCAGUUAUCGGCACCAACAUUCGACUCGAUGGGUGAGGCGUAUGACUUCUACAAUUUGUACUCGUGGGAGAAGGGAUUUGGCAUUCGUUACAGGAAGAGCAGGCUAAAUGUGGAGAGGACCAAAAGCAUGCAGGAAAUAGUUUGUGGUUGCUCGGGCAAAGCUGGUGUGGGGAACACCAGGUCUUGUCAUUGCGAGUGCCCCGCUCUAAUAAGGUUGCUACGAGUGGAGGAAAACGGAUGGUACAUUGCAGAGCAUAGAGAUAGUCACAACCACUCGUUGUUGCCUAAUUUUGGUGAGACAAUCCAUUGGCCCUCACACAAGCACAUAGAUGUGUACACCAGGAAUCUAGUGAAACAGUUAAGGCAGAACAAUGUGAACUUAGCAAAGGUGUACAACAUCAUUGGAGGCUUCAUUGGAUAA